AUGCAUUGUCCAACCCCCUAUACGGAGAGACUGCCUAACACGUUCUACAAAGUUACCGGCUGCUCGUCAGGGAUCAGCCAAUCCCUGGUGCAACUAAUCGCGAAAUCUUCUAAUCUGAUCAUUGCGACUGCUCGUAACCCUGGUUCUUUGUCUUCAAUUCUAGAUGGUUCCAGUGUCCUUAAGCUAGCACUGGAUGUCACGUCAAUUCCAUCAAUUGAGGCCGCUCUAAAAGAGACCCUAACAAAGUUUGGCCGUAUUGACGUCCUUGUCAAUAAUGCAGGGCAUACUCUUGUGGGCGAUACUGAAAUAGCACAGGACAAAGAGUCAUGUCAGUUGUUUGACACUAACUUCUGGGGCAUGGUUAAUAUUACCAAGCAUGUCCUAGGAAUUAUGAGGGGAAAAAACCCCAAUAGAGGAGGUGUGAUCCUGAAUGUUAGGUCUAUGGGCGGAUUUAUUGGUAUCCCUGGCGGCUCUUUUUACCAUUCCAUCUAUGCAAUAUUGAGCCUGGUGGUCAAAAGGGGACACCCAGCCUAUGCUGACCUGAACUAUCCCACCAACACUCUGCUGGGGUAUAUAGGUGCUGAUGCCUAUAGUACAAUUACUAUGGACCUGGAAAGUAUCAAGAAGGAUCUAGAGGAGUUGAAAGAUAUCAGUCUUGCAAGUUAA